AUGGCCAGAGAGAUAAGAAAGUUAACCUUGUCCAAGGUCCAGAGUCAGUCAUCCUCGGUUUGUAAUUUUUGUGGAAUAGGUCAUCUAACGCAUGAGUGCCAGGCCUCGACUACAGAUGAAGUGGUAAAUGCUGUGGGGAGAUUUGACAGAGGCAACUACCAAAGUGGCAAUAAUUUAAACCCUAUCGGGCAGAGGCACCCAGGUUUUUCUUGGAGUUCACCAGGUGGUAGUGCAAAUGCAUGGCAACGGAAUAACUCCAGACCCCAGGGACUAGGAGCUCCAGGUUUUCUAAAUAGCAGAGGCAGCAAUACCAACCUCCACGGUCUAAUCAGUCCAGCAUGGCUUGAAACUCAUGGCAUAUCCAUUAGAAACUUGGAAAGACAAGUGAAGCAACUUGCUAAUAUAUUGUCUGAGAGGGUUCCAGGAACUCUCCCUGCUUAUACUGAAAGAAAUAAAAAAAUAAUAAUAAAUGCGGUGUCUUUGAGAAGUGGGCACGUAUUGAAGGACCCCAUUGAAAAACAAAAGGAUGAGUUAAUUGAAGAACAUGUAGAGAUUGUGGAGGAGCAGAAAAAUAGCAACAAUCAAGAAGGUGAAGUGAGGGUAUAUCCAGAUGAUGGUUUGAAGAAGAAAGGGAUGACUAGAGCUCUGAAAAAGAAGAAGGAUAGGAAUUCAAUGAAUGACGAGAUGAAGAGAGUGCAUGUUAAUCUACCUAUCACAAAGGUGAUCUCGCAGAUGCUAGCCUAUGCUGAGUUCCUGAAGGAGAUAUUGUCCAACAAGCAUAAAGUGGAAGAGACAUCGGUUGUCAAGCUCACAGAGCAUUGUAGUGCCAUUCUACAAAAUAAGCUCCCUCAAAAGUGUGAUGAUCUAGGGAGUUUUACUAUACUUUGCUCUUUAGAAAGUACUAAAUUUGAAAAAUCAUUGUAUGAUUCAAGUGCUUCUAUUAAUCUUAUGCCUUUGUCCAUUUUUAGGAAAUCAGAGGGAGAUAUUGGAGAAAUUAGAUCUAUACCUGUGUCUUUGCAGCUGGUGGACCAGACCACGAUCAUACCUGAAGGAAUAGUGGAAGAUGUGCUAGUUCGGGUGGAUAAAUUUGUGUUCCCUGUGGACUUCAUCAUGGUGAAUAUGGAAGAGAAUAAGGAGGUCCCUCUGAUUUUAGGGAGACCUUUCUUGGCUACUAGCAGAGCUAUUGUCGACAUUCAGGAGAGCCAACUCAUGCUAAGAGUGGGGGAAGAAAGAGUGGUGUUCAAGAUGAAUGAUGCAAUAGGGGCACCUAGAGACAAGUUGACUGCACAGUCUCCAUCUAGAGAGAGUAAGCCCGAUAAGCGUGGGGUGUACCCAACGAAGGCAGAAAAAAACUUUCAACAUGGAUAUGUGCACUGGGUCGAGCGUGCAAUGUGGAUCCCGACUUCGAUUCAGACCCAGACUAGAUGA